CGUCACGUGAUGCUAGGGCUAUUUAAAGCGGGCGGCUCGGGACGCAGCGCCGGUUCCUGGAGUCCCUGCACACCUUCUGUUUCGCAGCUUCUUUCUCAGCCUAGCACAACCUCAUCAUGGUGGAAGCCUUCGUGGGGACCUGGAAGCUGGUGGACAGCAAGAAUUUUGAUGACUACAUGAAGUCACUAGGUGUGGGCUUUGCUACCAGACAGGUGGCCUGCAUGACCAAGCCUACCACAGUCAUCGAAAAGAAUGGUGACACUAUUGUCAUAAAAACACACAGCACCUUCAAGAAUACGGAGGUCAGCUUUCAGCUGGGGGUGGAGUUUGAUGAGACGACGGCUGAUGACAGGAAGGUCAAGUCCCUUGUGACGCUGGAUGGAGGAAAACUUGUCCAUGUGCAGAAAUGGGACGGGCAAGAGACAACACUUGUUCGGGAGCUAAUUGAUGGGAAACUCAUCCUGACACUCACCCAUGGCAGUGCAGUCUGCGUUCGCACUUACGAGAAGGAGGCAUGACCUGAGCUGCCAGCGCUGUCAGUGACUACUCCUCUGUCAAAUGACUACCCCUCAACUGCACCACAUUGCCUCACUUUUUUUCUUCUGGCAUUUUGUAUAACUCCACUUUGGUUGGGAAAUUCUUUGGGGGGUCAAGUGGUACCAGCCUGGAUCCUGUUCCAGUUUCUAUUAAUGCAUGUGGUCUGGGUUUUUUUGUUUUUUUUAAAAAUGUAUCCAAAAGGUGCUCUGAGGUCAAUAAAGCAGAGCAAAGGCCACGAGUUGCCUUUUUGCCUCUGA